CACCCCCGUGCGGCCGCUACGAGUUCCACUGCGGCAGCGGGGAGUGCAGGCCGCGCGGCUGGGUGUGCGACGACGAGGCCGACUGCCUGGAUGGCAGCGACGAGCUAGUGUGCAACCGGACCUGCGGCCUGGACCAGCACACAUGCGCCGUCACCGCCGAGUGCAUCCCCUACGGGCAGCUGUGCGACGGCAUCCCCCAGUGCUGGGACCAGUCCGACGAGAGCACCGACAACUGCGGAUCCACCGAGAUCCCGCCCUGCCCAGGCCUCUUCGUCUGCAACAACCGCAUGUGUGUGAAUGUCUCCCGGGUGUGCGACGGCUCGCACGACUGCCCCCAGGGCGAGGACGAGCUGGCCUGCGACAGUCCCAGUAAAACUACACAUUCCCUGGUCAGUCCGCCCGGCUCCCUGCUGCGUCCCAGCCCCUCGUGCCCGCUGCUCCAUCCGCUCGUACGCUUCCCCCCAUACCGGCUGCUCUGUGCGUCUCUGCCUCUCCCCGGGCGGCUCAGUGUUGGCUCCCGGCAGGUGUGUAACGGGCUGGCGGACUGCGCUGAUGGCAGCGAGGCCUCAGGCUGGCUGCCCUCGGAUGAGCAGGACUGCGGGCUCUGGAGCCCCUGGGCCCCCUGGAGCACCUGCAGCCGGUCAUGUGGGAUGGGCCUGCAGAUCCGCAGGCGGGUCUGCACCAGACGAGCCAACGACGUUCUGCGCCACUGCCACGGCGAGGAGACGCAGGCCCAGCAGUGCUUCGCCCUGGCCUGCCCAGGUGAGACUGGGCUGGGGGCGUUGUCCAGCAUCCAGUGGUCCUUCCGCAGCCCCAACAACCCCAGCAAGCAUGGCAACGGGCGACAGUGCCGGGGCAUCUACCGCAAGGCGCGCAGGUGCCAGACAGAUCCAUGCGAGGAGUGCGAGCACCACGGCCGGUUGCACGCCUUUGGCGACCGCUGGCGAUCGGGGCAGUGCCAGGUGUGCCAGUGCCUACCCAACCUGACAGUGCAGUGCUCCCAGUACUGCCCAUACAGCACCGUGGGGUGCCCUGAGGGGCGGGCGCUGAUGGAGGGCAGCGGUGAGGCCUGCUGCUACUGCGCUGAAGCGGGUGAGUCCUGCGCUGGGUGA